CUUGGUCCGCUCUUUAAUCCCAUAUGCGCUCGCAGCGGGGUGAGCGCCGCUUCUUUCCGCUGCGGGCGUAAACCGGAGCGGAGGUUGUGCCGCUCGCGCUCGGAGCGUUUCCUGGGGACUCGGGGUAGUGAGUAGUUGUGGUUGUUAUACGCGCUAUGGGGCAGUGAGCGCCGCUCAUUUAUAGCCGUCUGAGGAAGCUCCACGCUGGCCGGCUGGAAACUUCUCACACGCUCUCUGUGUCUCUCUUCUCCCCCCCCCCGGCACCCCCGCCGCCUCUUUCUUCUGCUUCCUCCCCCUCCCUUUGCUUGUGUGACUCUGCAGCUCGUUUCCUCUUGGGCUGUUUCUCGCCCUUCCCGCUCUCCCUCGCUUUGCUCCCUCGCCAGCGUUGAAGCGGAGCCGCUGCCACUGUGAGGGAGUACCACCACCACCACCACCACCACCACGCCAAAGGCGGAGUUCCUUGUCCCCAACACACGAACCUGCUCUUUGCAGCCGCACUCGGUGUCCUGCAAAAGCGGCAGCUCCUGCGAGAGGGAGAAGAGCGCGCAGCCAGGAGACUGCCCUGUAGAGAUUAACAAAGAACAGAAUGGGGAAACAGAACAGUAAAUUGAGACCUGAAGUUCUCCAAGAUCUCCGAGAGAAUACUGAAUUCACAGACCAUGAGCUUCAAGAAUGGUACAAAGGCUUCCUAAAAGAUUGCCCAACUGGCCAUUUGACUGUUGACGAGUUCAAAAAGAUAUAUGCUAAUUUCUUCCCCUAUGGAGAUGCCUCAAAAUUUGCAGAGCAUGUGUUCCGUACUUUCGAUACCAACGGCGAUGGGACCAUUGACUUCCGGGAAUUUAUAAUUGCAUUGAGUGUCACUUCUCGAGGGAAGCUUGAACAGAAGCUGAAGUGGGCAUUUAGCAUGUAUGACCUUGAUGGCAAUGGCUACAUCAGCCGUGCUGAAAUGCUUGAGAUAGUGCAAGCAAUCUACAAAAUGGUGUCUUCAGUCAUGAAAAUGCCAGAGGAUGAAUCUACUCCAGAGAAACGAACAGACAAAAUCUUUAGGCAGAUGGACACAAACAAUGACGGUAAACUAUCACUCGAAGAGUUUAUUAAAGGUGCCAAGAGUGAUCCCUCGAUUGUGCGGUUGUUACAAUGCGAUCCAAGCAGUGCAAGUCAGUUCUAAUUGAACUCUGGACAGUUUGCAAAGAAAAUUACUGGCUUGUUCAAGCUUUGCUCGUAAAUUGAUGCCUUCUCAACCAUUCCUCAGUGGUUAGUGGAUGCAACUCCACUGCCAGAUUGUCUGUAUAUCCAAGUGAAAGAGGGCCCCACUCCUCUCACCAACAUUGAUGCAACUCCUCCUCCUUCCAUACUUCCAUUUUUUCUCUCUCUCUCUACAUAAUAUUAUGACUCGCUCUUCACAUCUAUCAUAACUUAAGGGUAUGUUUACAUGCAGGUUAAAGAGGGGUUAUUACACAUCACUUGGUUAAUAUGAAUGGGUGACCUUCCAAUAGUCCCUAAGAAGAGAUGUGGCAUGAACCUUUUGCCUGAAACAGCAACAGUAAAAGACAGGCAAUGUCAUUUGCUUCCCAGAAAAUGGCUAUGUAAUGUGGAAUAAAUUGAGUAGAAUUUUUUUUUAAGAGCAUGAAACCAGUUUCCUUUCUAUGAGGAAAAUUGCUUGCACUUACGUAAUGGUCUUUCCAUUCUUUUAAAUAUAUGUAUAUAUAUACUAUAUAUUAUAUAUACUAUAUAUAUAUAUGGUGAUAUAUAUAUAUAUGGUGAGGUAAAAUUUUAAUAUUUAGGUCAUAUUUAAUAUAUCAAGUAGAACUCAUGCUUCAUUUCUUCUAGUUGUCUGUGAUUAUUCAAAACUUUUUUUUUAAAAAAAAGGAUUGUGAUAUUUAUGCAUAGCAAAGUUGUCGAAAAGGCAUUGCAUGACUAGCUGUUUGUGGAUAUAACACUUUUAAUUACCAAUUGCAACACUUCGUUCAUUUUUACUGUUGAUUGUUCAAGCGUUUUGCUGUGUUAAAUGAAAUCUAAAAAGGAAUAAUUCUACUUCUGUGUUUCGCGGUGAAGUGCCACUUACUGUGGCUGCAGCAUUUAAAAUGGCUUUUGAGUGAGGUGAGGUGUUUUGACACGCACUUGCUAUGGCCCUCUGACCUUGUUGCUGUCCAUCUCUGUUAAUAGUCUUGUGCAUUUCAGUGUUAUUUAAUAUCUGCCUAAUGCCAAGAAAUGUUAAUUGAAAUAAAGACAAAUUUUCUUGUCG